AUGGGCGGUCCCACGGCGCUCAAUCUGUUGCAAGGUCCUCCGACCAUUGAGCAACUAGACAACCCGGUGCCGGCCCCUUGGAUUUCCCCUCAGUCGUCUGUUUCACAACACGCGGAAUCAAACGCAGACGUGAAAUACAAACGAUGCACUAUGAAUGCAAUUCCGCAAACUAUGACACUCUUGAACAAAUGCAAAAUUCCACUCGGGCUAUUGGUGACGCCAUAUAGACACUUGCUGGACGGGGAGGAACCCGUCCCUCUGAUCAACCCGGUACAAAUUGUGAGGUGCCGGAGAUGUCGAUCGUACAUCAAUCCAUGGGUGCAGUUUGUGGACCAGGGAAGUCGGUGGAAGUGUAAUCUGUGCUUCCUGACGAACGAAGUGCCAAGCUUCUUCGACUGGGAUCCUGACACUAGGGAGCAUGUGGACCGGAUGGCCCGGCCAGAGUUGACCCAUGCGACUGUCGAGUAUGUCGCGCCGCAGGAAUACAUGGUUCGACCGCCUCAACCAGUGGUCAUGCUUUUCAUCAUUGACGUCUCUCAUGCCGCCGUCCAAUCUGGCAUGGUUGCUACGGCUGCUAGGACGAUUCUGGAUACACUAGACGCUAUUCCAAACACUGACGCUCGUACGAAAGUAGGAUUCAUUACAGUGGAUAGUGCCCUACACUUUUACAACCUCAGCCCGAAUGUCUCUGAGCCGCAAAUGCUAGUGGUAUCAGAUUUAGACGAAGUCUUCCUUCCGAUGCCUUACGAUCUGCUGGUCUCCUUGACGGAGUCGCGGGCACUCAUCGAAGCGUUGCUGCAACGGGUAUCAGACAUGUUCAAGAACACUCAGAAUGUGGGCAGUGUUCUGGGGCGAGCGAUCCAGGCGGCGCACAAAAUGAUCAGCCCAAUUGGAGGGAAGAUCAUCGUUCUGCAGGCGACAUUGCCAAAUCAGAACGAGGGAGCACUGAAGCCUAGAGAAGACCCUAAACUUCUGGGAACGCCGAAGGAGGUCAGUCUUCUCCAGCCGCAACAACCGUUCUACAAGAACAUGGCCGUCGCUUGCUCUCCAAGUCAAGUGAGCAUAGAUGUGUUCCUCUUCAGCUCACAGUACGCUGACGUGGCCACCCUCAGUGGAUGUGCAAAGUUCACUGGAGGAUCCGUGUACUUCUACCCCGGAUUCAACGCCUCACGGUCAGAAGACGCCAUGAAAUUCGCACAUGAAUUCUCGCACUUCCUGUCUCGCCCCAUUGGCCUGGAGGCGGUUAUGCGUGUCAGGGCAUCAAAGGGCAUUAGGAUGACGGCUUUCCAUGGAAACUUCUUCCUGCGCUCGACCGAUCUCCUCUCCCUCCCCAAUGUCAGCCCCGACAAUUCGUACGCUGUCGAAAUGACGCUGACGGAAAACUUGUCGACAUCGCUUGCGUGCUUCCAAACUGCUCUCUUGCACACAAGCAGCACAGGCGAGCGCCGAAUCCGCGUCAUCACCCUGGCUGUACCUGUAACCAACAACCUGGCGGACGUGUUCUCCGCAACAGAUCAGUUCGCCGUUGCGUCACUUCUGGCCAAAAAGGGUGUGGAGCGCGCCUUGACGUCGAAAAUCGAGGAUGCCCGGGAAGCCUUGAUGUAUAAGCUGGACGACAUUAUGGGAUCGUACAAGUCUGCCUUCACGACUUCGGGCCAAGCUGUCCAAUUGCUUGUCCCUGAGAACCUGAAACUCUUGCCUUUGAUGGUUCUGGGGCUUCUGAAGAACACGGCGUUCCGCGCAACGAGCACGGUCUCGAGCGAUCUGCGCUCCUAUUUGAUGGCAAUGCUUUACGUCUUGCCUCCGGAGAUGUGUCUUGUACAGAUUCAUCCCCGCUUCUGGCCCUUGCAUGCCUUAGAGCCUCAGGUCGGUCUUCCGGGCGGUGACGGAAAGAUUGUGUUCCCACCGUUACUCAACCUCAGCGCUGAGAAGCUCGAGCGCCAUGGACUGUAUCUUUUGGAGAAUGGUCUCGAGAUGUUCUUGUGGGUCAGCCGCGGCACUGACCCCCAGCUGAUCCAAAAGCUGUUCGACAAACCAUCGUACGACGCCGUGGGUGUCGGAAAGACGACUUUGCCCAUUUUGCAAAACGACUUCAGCACCAAGAUCAACAACAUCAUUGGCAAGGUCCGGGAAGUACGACUGCAGAUGAUGACCACCUACCCACAUCUGUACGUGGUCAAGGAAGACGGCGAUCCCUACUUCCGCAUGCAGUUCCUGUCGCAGCUCAUCGAAGACCGCAUCGAUGCUAGUUACUCAUAUCCGCAAUUCCUCAACGUGUUACGGGAGGGACUGGCGAAAGUCAGCUCCGCAUAA